CAGAAUAUCCAUGAUGUAAUUGAUAAAAAGAGGGUUUUAGAAGUUCAUCAAUAUUUGUGCAGAUGGGUAUAUGAAGUUGGAAUUCCCUUUAAUACCAUUAACAGUGACACUUUCAAAAUGUUUGUGGAAGCUCUUGGUCGAUAUGGCCCAGGAUAUACUCCUCCUUCUCAAUACCAAUUGAGAGAAACGCUUUUGAAAGCUGAGGUACAAAGGACAAAGGAAACAUUGAAGAAACAAGAAGAAGAAUGGAAAGCUAAUGGAUGUUCUGUUAUGACAGAUGCAUGGACUGAUGGGAAAAAAAGAAGCAUUAUGAACUUAUGCGUGAACUGUAAAUUAGGAACCACGUUUCUUUCUUCAAAAGAUACCAAAGACGAUUCUCACACCGGUCAAUAUAUAUUCGAAUAUGUUGAUGGAUGCAUUGGAGAGAUUGGAGAAGAAAAUGUGGUUCAGGUUGUACCAGUAAGCUGGUGGGAUUUCUAUGGAAAUGAAACACCACAUUUGAAAUUUAUGGCAAAGAGAAUCCUUGGUUUGACAACUAGCUCAUCAGGCUGUGAGCGAAAUUGGAGUACCUUUGAAGGAAUACACACGAAGAAAAGGAACCGUCUUGAUACGACAAGGAU